AUGGCCUCCAUAUCGGCCCUUGUCGCAAGCUCUGCGAAGCUGCAGCACUUUGCAGAUCAAUCCAGUGAAGAAUAUGAUCGUCAAAUACGGGACUUAGUUACCUCCCUUCAUCGAUCGUUGUCCAGUAAUGCCCUCAACUUUGCUGCCAGUGACCCGACUCUUCUAGAUAACUUUGACCCAGCCACCGAUGCCAUCACUUACCUCUUCCUGCUGCGACUGCAGAUCCAGACAUUGCAAGAAACAUCCCAAGAGAAACUCCCCGCAGAUCUGCUUCCAUCCCGGGUGUUAUGGACAAAAUGCGUCCACUAUCUGAAGAAAUUCAAUCCUAUUCAAGUUCGAUAUGUCGGUCAUGAAUGGCGACAGCUUAUCGAGCUCGUGGCCCAAGCUGCGCAGGCUGCCUCCAAGCCAUUCCUUGCCACGCAAUUAAUCAAAGAUGCCAUGUUGCGAUUGGAUCCAUCUUGUGCCGUAUUCACAUCGACUCACCUCCUUCUCGUCCGUCUCUGCUUGCACGCCAAAGCAUAUACCUGCAUCCUUCCCGUUCUCAACAAGCACAUCUGUCAUUUCCCAGGAAUCUCAGAACGCUUCCCCCCAAAGGGCGCCCCGGUGCUCUGCGCCGACCACGAGUCUAGUCUUGCAUUUAUCACUAACAACUCCGGUCUAUCCGCCCCGCUGGGCUCCAGAGAUCUCUCUCGAUAUUUCCUGUAUGGCGGAAUGGUCUACCUAGCACUCAAGAAAUGGAGUGAAGCUUCCCAUUUUCUAGAACUUGUCAUGGCGAUCCCGACUACUGGUCCCGUUAGCAUGAUCAUGGUGGAAGCUUACAAGAAAUGGGUGCUGGUGGGCUUGCUGGAGACAGGCAAGCUUCGUCCGCCUCCUAGUAUGAUUGCGCCGAAUGUGUACAAAGUGUACCAGUCCAUCGCAAGGCCUUACAUCAACCUCGCAAAUACCUUCGAGCUCCGUGACUUGAACCGACUGAAUGCCGAGAUUGACGCAGCUAGGAAUGUCUGGAGUGCGGAUAACAACUCCGGCCUAGUCGCUCAGGUCUUGGAUUCGUUCACAGUGCAUUCGCUGGUGGGAAUCAAAAGCGUAUUCGCUGCUUUGACUGUGACGGAGCUUUCGGAGCAAACAUCCUCACUACCCAGGGAUACCGACCUGGCCGAGUCGGUCAUUGCUUCUCUCAUCAUGUCUGGCUCUGUAUCUGCCACGUUGGUACAUACUCCCGGUCAUUCCGAGGGCACAAUGCUUCGAUUCCCAAGUGCUCACCCCUCAUCCCAAUUGCAUGAACUCCAAGUACAGGGUAGACUUGUGAGGGAAAGUAACACGCUGGAGGCCCUUGCCGCGAGCGUUAAGAAGAGUAAUAAUGAUAUAGGGCUGGGCGAUGAGUUCAUUGAUCAUAUGCACAAGAGCAAGGCUUGGAAUAGUUCUGGGACGGACUAUUCGGUUGCAGAGGAUGAGACUAGGUUUGACGUUGAUGAGGAUAUCAUGGGUGAUCAGAUCUAG